AUGCCAACCCGAGUACAGCACGCUGAACCGACUCCCGUCCGCUCCAAACGACAAAGCAUCCCCUCACAACCCCCAUCAUCUGCUCCAGCAGCUGCUGGACCGGGUACCGAUUGGUAUAUUGUAUUUCUCCGCGUUAAUCUUGCCAUCAGGUACAUGCUGCUUGUCUGGGGUUUAAUAUUACUUUUCGACUUAGACGUACCAAAUCCUCGUGAAAUACUCGAGAAGCUGGCUGAGGUAGUUUUGUGGUGGGUUACUCUGUCUUUCCUCUCGGACUCGGGCCCGGUCUCGGGGGUCUCGGAUCCGGUCUGGCGGGCAAUUGCACUCCAGCAUCGCAUGAGAUCUUCUCAAAACAAUGUCACAAGCAUCAUUGCAUUCGCUCGACCUGCGUUCCAACACUCCCGGCCUGCGACAACAUCCUCGGCAGCAGCAGAUGCCAGCUCACUUGUUACUCGAAUAAAGAAUUUAUUGUACGGAACAUCACUCUCGUUAUUCGCUGUUCUCACCUACCUUUACAUCACGGAUACUCGCGCCAGCGUACACCAAUGGCUUGUUGUACCCGCUCUAAGAUAUGUGUAUCCCGACGCCGAAGAUGCACACCACGCUGGUACAAAAGCGCUGAGAGCGUUAUAUUCUUUCGGCAUACACCCGCGCGAACGAAAUUCGAAAGUCACAGACUCGAAAGAUGCGGAUCUCAGCGUCACUGUAUUUGGGCAGAAGUUGCAGAAUCCAAUUGGAACCUCUGCGGGAAUUGACAAGUUGGCUGAGAUACCGGACGCCUUGAUGGCAUUGGGACCUGCGAUUGUGGAAGUAGGAGGAGCGACGCCGUUGCCACAAGAAGGAAAUCCAAAACCUAGAGUUUUUCGAAUACCAAGUCAGAAUGCCUUGAUCAAUAGAUAUGGGUUGAACGGGUUAGGCGCGGACGAUAUGGCAAGACGCUUGAGGGAACGGGUACGAUUAUUUGCAUACAGCAGAGGAUAUGGUGUUGGCGAAGAUGCUGAGCAAUUGGUUUUGAACGGUGGCGCUGGAGUCAACCCGGGAAGUCUGACAGAUGGGAAACUGCUGCUCGUUCAGGUGGCUAAAAAUAAAGACACCAAGGACGAAGAUAUCGAGGCUGUGAAGCGGGAUUAUGUCUAUUGCGUCGAAAGACUGGCGCCAUAUGCCGAUGUAUUGGUUGUGAAUGUCAGCAGUCCGAACACACCUGGAUUACGAACUCUACAACGCGUAGAGCCACUCACGAAGAUUUUGGAUGGAGUCGUUACAGCUGCGAAAUCUACGAAACGGAAAAACGCCCCGAAAGUUAUGGUCAAGGUUUCACCGGACGAGGAUGCAGAUGACCAGAUAGAGGGCAUUGUUGAGGCGAUCUGGCGGAGCGGCGUAGAUGGAGUAAUUGUUGGCAAUACCACCAAGAGACGGCAUGGAUUCGUACCUAAUGACAUCAAGCUCUCCGCAAAAGAGAGGAAGAUACUUGACGAGCAAGGAGGGUUGUCCGGGCCACAUAUGUUCGAGAGAACGUUAGGGCUUGUUAAAAGAUACAGAAAGCUCUUAGACGAAGGACCACCUCCUCCUACCAAUAACCAAACCGAGGAUUCAGACGACCAAACAAGUUCCAAAAUCGCAGAGAAGGUCGAAAGUGUGAAAAACACAAUCACACAAACAGUCUCCCCAACCCGUGAGCAAAAAGUCAUCUUCGCAACAGGCGGCAUCACGAACGGGAAGCAGGCGUUGGAGAUUCUGAAUGCGGGUGCGAGCGUGGCGCAGAUAUACACGGCGCUGAUAUAUGGUGGUGUGGGAACUGUAUCACGGAUUAAAAAGGAGAUGAGGGAGGAGAUUUUGGGGAGUAGAAAAUAG